AUGGGGAAGGAGGAGGCGGUGGUGCCGCCCGAGACCAGUUCGCCUGCUCCGGCCGCGUCUCCCUCCCUGGAGAAGGGCAGCGCUGGUGCUCAUGUCUCUCCGGCUCGGUCGUCCUCGCGAGGCCUGGGGAAGAAUCCUCAGGAGGAGUCAGCACCUGUGACCCCGCUGGCUCCGGAGGUGCCGGUGUCCGGCUCGGCUGCCGAGGUCUCCAAGGCUCCGGAGCCCCCAGUCUCCCAGGCUAUGGUGACGAUACCUCCUCCUUCUCUUCCCGCUACGCCGCUAAUUCCAGGUCCUUCUGCUUCUCCUGAUGUCUUGGAGCGUGCCCUUUUGGAGAUGGCCCAACUGUGA